AUGAAUCACGGUAGGAAAACUCCCACACAUAGCAUGGGUACUGGCUCCAUGUACUCGCACGUAACCAAAUCGACAUCCAAUUUAAAAUCUACAAAAUCCGUCCAUUCUCUUAAAUCUUUAAAAGUUCCAUGGUACAAAAAACCUAUAAUAACAAACGGUUUUAUUUUUGACGUGCAGAGAGCUUCUCUAUAUAUUGGAUUUUAUGCAAUCGCUUUAAGUAUUUUUACAUUAAUAACAUCAAUGUUUGAUUUGUAUUGUUAUUCCGUGGCAGUACCAGGUUCAAUUCAUUAUGGUUACUAUUUAUUUAGUUUCGAUUUUGUUUACGUCGGAAACAAACAUGUGAGAAAUGCCUUGAUUGUUUUCGCUUUAUUUUCACUUGUUGCAUCAGUUGCCGUUUUUAUCACUGCCAUUAUUUUAAUCGUCGGACUAAGAAAAGAAUAUGAAAGAAAAAUGGUUCCGUUUUUAUAUGUUUUUGCAUUUUUCACUCUCUUCAGAAUAUUUGCAUUUAUAUUUUUUUGCAUAGUCAAUGAUCUCAUAUUUUCCUACAAUGCUUUGAUGUGUUUUUGUUGGGCCAUAUUUUCCGCAAUUAAUUUAUACGGUUGGAUUUUAAUUUAUUCACUUUAUUUGGAAUUAGAAGAUUUGACAAAAUUGGAAGAUUUAGCACAUUUAAGAAUGGGUACAAUGACUUCAUUAAAUGCUUCUACAACACAUUCCAUAGCAGGAUCUCGUCCGACAACACCUCACAGUACAAUUUCUACUGCUCCAGUUCGUUAA